AUGGAGUCCAAAGCCCUGGCACGCCGUGCGACCGACACUGAAUUGAUGCCACCUCCUCCACCCACAAAGCGCAUCAAACGGCCUAGAAACGUUAUCGACGAAGAUUCAUACACAGACGCCAUAUCAGAAAUUAUAGCUCGGGACUUUUUUCCCGGUCUACUGGAAACCGAGACACAACAAGAAUACCUGGACGCUUUAGAGUCCCGCGACUCGGCAUGGAUACAAAGUUCUAGUCGUCGACUUCAGCAAGUUAUGACUCCGGGUCGGAGGAAAGGCAGACGAGGGACAUCAAUACAGACGCCGGCUCGAGCUUCGAAUACACCAAACGGUUAUGGUGGGGAUACACCUAUGACCGUGAUGUCUAGUAGUACCAUGGCAUCACGGCAGGCCCCAGCGGUGGACAUUGAUACAAAUAUGAGCUUAGAUAAGUUCCAAUCGUUGUAUACCAGCGAAGAUAACGAGAGUUUCUAUAAGCUUAUGGAUAAGGACAACCAAAAACGAGCAGAGAAAUAUGCAUGGAUGUGGUCAAAGGAUAAUAAGCUACCGUCGAAGAUGAUGUUGAAGCAGAAGGAAAUCGAAAUAAAACUACUGGCAUCGCGGGGCUCCAUUUAUGAUGAUGGUGGAGACCGCAAGCAAUUGGCGAUUAGGGACGUGUCAGAGAAACCUGCAAGGCCAGAUGGUUGGCAUUCGAGGCCAAAGAACGCGAUGAUGUUUGCGCCAAACAGUGUAGAAGACUCCAUUCAAACAACCGCCCAGAAGGCGCAAGACGAUUCAAGGGCAAGCCCGAAAAGGGUUGCAUACUCCAACACCAGGAUGCCAGAUAUCCAAAUUUCAACAAAUACCGACGCAGUUCCCCCGUCUCCUUCUUUAUCAGCCGUCAGAGACGCCAUCUCUGGACAUCGUCGUGCUGUCGAUAUGGAGUCCGGUUUCAAUGGGAGUGAAACUCCUCGAGUCAACGGGUAUGCGUUUGUGGAUGAUGAGCCUGAAGCUGACGAACAUCCAGCUCCACCAAUGAUCGAUCUGGGGAAGGGAGAGUCAGUGAAAAAUCCAUUUGUUAUCAAAAGUCAGAGCCGAAGAGAAGAUCUUCAUCAUCAAAUGGUUGACAGGAAUGCAAAAACGAAACGAGCAUCAGUCCUAAAUGGAAUGACGGGUAAAGUCGACACGACUCCUGUUCCCAAAUUCCCCAGCAGUCCCAGGGUAGGCUCUGGCCAGCUCACACCUGCUGCGCAGAGACUUUGGAGCCGAGUAGGGAGCGGUGGUUCACGAGGAACACCAGACACUUUUGCUAUAACCAAAACGCCGCAUACUGCGAAACCUAGAUCUCGCCUCCAUUCACGCUGGACACCGUCUACCAAGUAA